AGUGCAGGGUUUCUGAGCCUGAACCCCUCAGUCGCUGGGACAGCAGCCACGACAACCAACCCAAUGGACAAAACCGUGCCUGGAAGCUUCAACAGCAGGACCCUGAUCCCAAACUUGCUCAUCAUCAUCUCGGGACUGGUCGGGCUGACAGGAAACGCCGUUGUUUUCUGGCUCCUGGGCUUCCGCUUGCGCAGGAACGCUUUCUCCGUCUACAUCCUCAACCUGGCCCUGGCUGACUUCCUUUUCCUCCUCUGUCACGUCAUAGACUCGACGCUGCUUCUGCUCAAGUUUUCCUAUCCUAACAUUGUCUUUCUCCCGUGCUUUAACACCAUCAUGAUGGUGCCCUACAUCGCAGGCCUGAGCAUGCUCAGCGCCAUCAGCACGGAGCGCUGUCUCUCUGUCCUGUGUCCCAUCUGGUACCGCUGCCGCCGCCCCAAACACACAUCAACCGUCAUCUGUGCUGCCAUCUGGGUCCUGUCACUGUUGACCUGCAUUCUGAACAGGUAUUUCUGUGGCUUCUUGGAUACCAAAUACGAAAACGACAAGCGGUGUCUGGCAUCAAACUUCUCUACUGCCGCGUGCCUGAUAUUUCUGUUCGUGGUCCUCUGCACGUCCAGCCUGGCCCUGCUGGCCAGGUUGUUCUGUGGCGCUGCUCGGAUGAAGCUCACCAGACUGUAUGUGACCAUCAUGCUCACCGUGCUGGUUUUUCUCCUCUGCGGCCUGCCCUUUGGCAUUCACUGGUUCCUGUUAAUCUGGAUUAAGAUUGAUUAUGGUGUAUUUGCUUAUGGUCUUUAUCUGGCAUCACUGGUCCUGACUGCUGUUAACAGCUGUGCCAACCCCAUCAUUUACUUCUUCGUGGGCACCUUCAGGCAUCAGCUGAGGCACCAGACCCUCAAAAUGGUUCUACAGAGGGCCUUGCAGGACACACCGGAGACAGCUGAAAACACAGUGGAGAUGUCAAGCAGCCGGGCAGAACCGUGA